AUGCCAGAAGUCCCAGAGGCAGUGGUACCGAGUCCAGCUCCGUGUGACCGCUGCGUGCGUUUGUUUAUCCGCAGUGUCCGCUUGUGUCGGCUCCGCCCCCUCCAGAGGAGCGUCAUCGCGGAUCAGCCUCAUCCAACCGCGCCUCCUCUAACCCAUGGAUCUAUAAUAAUAACUCCAAGCCCACCUCCUCCAACCGCGCCUCCUCUAACCCAUGGAUCUAUAAUAAUAACUAACUCCAACCGCGCCUCCUCUAACCCAUGGAUCUAUAACUCCAACCCCACCUCCUCCAACCGCGUCUCCUCCAACCACACCUCCUCUAACCCAUGGAUCUAUAAUAACUCCAACCGCGCCUCCUCCAACCCAUGGAUCUAUAACUCCAACCCCACCUCUUUCAACCGCUUCUCCUCAAACCGCGUCUCCUCCAACCGCACCUCCUCCAACCGCACCUCCUCCAACCGCACCUUCUCCUCCAAUCCCAUCUCCUCCAACCGCACUUCCUCCAACCCCAUCUCCUCCAACCGCACUUCCUCCAACCCCAUCUCCUCCAACCGCGCCUCCUCCAACCCCAUCUCCUCCAACCGCGCCUCCUCCAACCCCAUCUCCUCCAACCACGCCUCCUCCAACCGCACUUCCUCCAACCCCAUCUCCUCCAACCGCACUUCCUCCAACCCCAUCUCCUCCAACCGCACUUCCUCCAACCCCAUCUCCUCCAACCGCGCCUCCUCCAACCGCACCUCCUCCAACCGCGCCUCCUCCAACCGCACUUCCUCCAACCCCAUCUCCUCCAACUGCGCCUCCUCCAACCGCACCUCCUCCAACCGCACCUCCUCCAACCGCAACUCCUCACGGGACUCUCCAACAUCUCGGUAUUUUGUCCCAAUGCAAGAACCAUUUAUUAUUUAUUAUUAG